AUGCCAGGUCUUCGGAGACUCUCCAGCGCAGGGGAGACCCUUCCUCGUCGCAGCAGGGAGAAGAUGAGCAGACCCCCUAUCGAUGAUGUGUUUUCAGACACAGAGUCCGAGUCUGAUGUCGCAAGUCACCUGAGUGCACAGGCUGGUGUGAAGCGACUAGAGGCGACUGCGGUCCUGUGGUCAAAGUGGUCUCUCGUGUUUGCAUAUGGCGGGUAUGUUACUCCUGGUAAAAUGAUCAUAUGA